GGAUGAUGAUGAUGAUGCAGUGGCUAUCUUGCACCAGAAUAUGCCAUGCGUGGACAUCUUAUAGAGAAAGCCGACGUGUUUGCUUUUAGUGUUAUGGCGCUAGAGACUAUCAGUGGCAGGCCGAACUCUACUCCUAAUUUGGAAGAAGAACAAAUAUAUCUUCUUGAAUGGGCUUGGAACUUACAAGAACAAAACAAUGAAGCUGAUCUUGUGGAUUCAGAGUUGUCCGAAUUCAAUGAAGAUGAAGUGAGAAGACUCAUAAGAGUAGCUCUUUUAUGCACUCAAACAUCACCAACAUUAAGGCCAUCAAUGUCUAGAGUUGUGGCAAUUCUUUCAGGAGAUAUUGAAGUAAGCACUCAAAUCUCAAUGCCUGGUUACUUGGCUAGCUGGAGUUUGGAUAUUCUAAGCAGCAUAUUAAGUGAUGUUGCAACUAUAGGAACUGAUUCUACCAACUAUGAUUCGCCUGCUAGUACGAGCAUGGUGGGGGAUGCAUUUCCAUCGCUUGCAAAAUGCGCCACUCGUCCAAUUCUUCAAAGCCACAAGUCCAAUGGCUUUGGUGUGUUGACAUUUGGAAGAUCAUAA